AGAGGGAGAAGUCAGAGGAGAACCUGGGAGCUCCUUUGGAGGCUGCGGUGUCCCUGACUCUCCUGAGUGGGGCUCACUAACAGGUGGGUCCCAUACCACAGUGUCUGAGGAGAAGCAGGAGGUGAGUCCCUGAGGAGACGCCGUGACCUGAGGGCUUCCCUUACUGAGGAGGCCUCGUGCUUCAUCUGCCACAAGCGGUGCCCAGGCCGGUGGUGACAACUGGGACGAUGCUCAGGCUUCUGAGACUUGCUUUGGCCUUCUACGGGAGGACGGCCGACCCUGCAGAGCGACAGGACCCACAGCAGCAGGGCCUCCCACAAGGUGACACCCAGUUGACAACUGUGCAGGGAGUUGUCACAAGUUUCUGUGGUGAUUAUGGCAUGAUUGAUGAGUCGAUCUACUUCAGUAGUGAUGUUGUGACUGGCAACGUGCCUCUAAAAGUUGGACAAAAAGUUAAUGUGGUUGUGGAAGAAGAUAAACCACUUCAUGGAUUGAGAGCAAUCAAGGUGGAUGUUGUGCCUCACCAUCUUUAUGGUGCUGGACCCUCAGACUCAGGAACCAGAGUUUUAAUUGGAUGUGUUACUUCUAUAAAUGAAGAUAAUAUUUAUAUUAGUAACAGCAUUUAUUUUUCCAUAGCCAUUGUUUCUGAAGAUUUUGUGCCUUGUAAGGGUGACUUGUUAGAAGUUGAAUAUUCCACUGAGCCAGGCAUCUCAAACAUCAAGGCAACUUCUGUGAAGCCCAACCGUUGUAUUCAUAUGGAAGAGGUCUGCAUUACUAGCGUACAUGGAAGAAGUGGGGUGAUAAAGAAUACUAUCUUUUUCACCUUGGAUUCUGUGAAACUUCCUGAUGGAUACAUACCUCAAGUAGAUGAUAUCGUCAGUGUGGUCAUGGUGGAGAGCAUUCAGUUCUGCUUUAUUUGGAGAGCGAUUUCUAUCACCCCAGUGCAUAAAUCCAGCAGCGGAUUCCAGGAUGACGGAGGCCUGGGACGGCCCAAAAGGGAACGUCGGAGCCAAAGCAUUUAACUGAAAAGGCAUCAGGGACAGCAUCUUAAAGGCAUGACUUAAAGUUACAAUUUGACUUCAGUUUUGAGCCCCGUUAUGCUGCCUGUACAACUUGUAUUGUUCCAUAGCCUCUUUCAUCUUCUGUCACCCACAUAACUUGCGGUGUUUAUUGUUUUACUUGUUCCUUCUUCCCCAUGCUAGAAUGUAAACUCCACAAUGGCAGGAUGCCUUUUAAUCUGUUUUUUUUUCUUUUUUCUUUCUUUUUUUUUUUCUGUUGUCAUUAAAGCAUCACCAAGCACUUAGAAGAGUGCCUGGCAGACUCAAUGAGCAGAUACAAUGUUAUUAAGUUCAAUCACUGAAUGACUGGGCCAGCAAUGAUACUUACCUGUGGUUCAUUCAUCACUGGUUCCUUAGGAGUAAAAUUGUUGAGCAAUGCACUAA